AUGCUCGUCGACGGUGGCACAGCCGGCAUGUUCUGGAGCUACACUUGGGUCAUCACGGGCCAAUUCUUCAUCGUCCUCAGCCUUGCCGAGAUGGCUUCCAUGGCGCCCACGGCGGGAGGACAGUACCACUGGGUCAGCGAAUUUGCGUCCAGACGCUACCAAAAGGGCCUCAGCUACACCUCAGGCUGGCUUAGCUCUCUCUGCUGGCAAUCCUUUGUCGCUUCCGAUUGCAUGUUCGCGGCCCAGCUUGUCAUGGCGCUGGUCCAGCUCGGGAACCCAGACUUUGACAUUAAGAACUGGUAUACCGCGCUCCUGAGCAUUCUCAUCGGCAGCUUUGUGACUGCCAUCAAUGUCUGGGGCGCAAAGAAGCUGGCGCUGCUGGAAAAUGUCUUCGUCGCUCUGCAUGUUGCCGGGUUUUUUGUCGUUCUCAUCACCAUUGCCGUCGCAGCGCCCAAGAACGAUGGGAGAGAGGUUUUUCUCACUUUUACCGACAAUGGCGGUAACUUCCCACUGAUGGGACUCGCUGUCAUGGUCGGCCAAGUACCUGCCAUGUGGAACGUCCUGGCCUCUGAUGCCGUCGCUCAUCUCUCGGAAGAAGUCAAGAACGCCAGCGUAGUCACGCCGAAAACUAUGUUCUGGGCAUACAUGUUCAACAUUCCUCUCGCGUUCGCCAUGCUGAUUGUCUUCCUGUUUGGCAUGACCGACGUCGCCACUGCCACCACCGAAGCAUUCCCGUUUGUGUGGAUCUUGCAAAACUCUCUCAGCACGGCGGGUGCUCAAGCCAUCACGGCCAUCAUGUUUAUCUUGGUGUUCAUGAUCGCCACCAGUUGCUUCGCCUCGACUUCUCGUCAACUUUUCGCCUUUGCCCGCGACGACGGAAUGCCCUUUCCAACCUGGAUGAAGAAAGUCAACCCGCAACUCAACGUCGCUGCCAAUGCAUGCUACGUCACCUGGGGGUACACGGUGGUCAUGAGUCUCAUCUACCUGGGGAGCCCCGUGGCAUUCAACGCGAUCAUCAGCCUGGCCAUCGUGGCGCUGAUGGCCACGUACGCAAUUAGCAUCGCCUGUGUGCUCUGGCGCCGCAUCUGGCUGCCAGAGACUCUCCCGCCGGUCUUUUGGAGCCUGGGCAAGUGGGGGAUCCCGGUCAACGGGCUCGGCCUCACUUAUGCCACCUUCGCUUUCUUCUGGGCAUUUUGGCCCAUAUAUUGGGAACCCAACGCCGAAGAGAUGAACUGGGCGAUCGUCCUCUUCGCCGGAGUCAUGUUGAUUUCGGCGAUCAACUACGUCUUCAGCGCCCGUCGAAAAUAUACAGGUCCCGUGGCGACGUGCGAGGGUCGUCGGGAGGAUUGA